GCCCGCCGAUUGGCCACCGCCUGGCACCGCCUCGCACUCUGAUUGGACGAGGCUCGGCCAGUGCUGGCCGGCCGCUACCGAACUGCUACUUUCAAAAGCGCCGGGGCCGGAGGUGCGGGGACAGCGGCCGGGCAUAGCUUGCUCGCAGAGACCAAGGGAGAGGAUGCCGUUGCCACGCAAUGCCAAGAUGCUGACUACCAAGCAGUCCCGAGCAGGCAAGGUAGGCCCUGCUACAGAGAAUGUCGACCCCGAGAAGCCUCUCUUGCAGGAGGAGAGCUGUCAUGCCAAGAGGUCUUCGUCCUCACCCCAGGGUGGGCCCAAGAAGAGAUCAGCAUUUGGGGACAUCACCAAUGCUCACAAGAACCAGGUGGUGGCAGGGAAAAAGGAGCCUGUGAAAGUUGCUCCACCCAAGGCACAGAAGGCACAUAAUGCCUUGGGAGUGGCCAAGAACAACGAGAUCAACCUAAAAAAGUCAAUGAAGAAAACUCCCCCAACAGCUCCUGCAGAGCCCAAAGUGAAUCCUGUGCCAGAGAAGCCGGUGUCUGUGCAGGAACUAAAGCCUCCUGAGGAGAGGCAGGUACCAGCAGUGGAGGACAUUGACAAGGAGCAGCUGGGUGACCCCUAUGCCAAUGCAGAGUAUGCCAAGGAGAUCUUUGAGUACAUGCGGGAAAGAGAGGAAAAAUUCAUGCUUCCUGACUACAUGGAGAAGCAGACAGACAUCAGUGGGGAUAUGCGUGCUAUCCUUGUGGACUGGAUGGUGGAGGUGCAGGAGAACUUUGAGCUGAACCAUGAGACACUGUACCUGGCUGUGAAGCUGGUGGACCACUACCUGGUGGAGGUGGUGAGCAUGAGGGAGAAGCUGCAGCUCAUUGGCUCCACUGCCAUCCUCAUUGCCUCCAAAUUUGAGGAGCGGUGUCCACCAUGUGUGGAUGACUUCCUCUAUAUCUGCGAUGACGCCUACAAGCGGGAGGAGCUUAUUGCUAUGGAGAUGAGCAUCCUCAGCACCCUCAAGUUCGAUAUCAACAUCCCCAUCCCCUACCGCUUCCUGCGGCGCUUUGCCAAGUGUGCCCGUGCCACCAUGGAGACACUGACACUGGCCCGCUUCCUCUGCGAGAUGACCCUGCAGGAGUACGACUAUGCCCGCGAGAGCCCCUCGAAGCUGGCUGCCAGCUGCCUGCUGCUGGCACUUACCAUGAAAAACCUUGGGGGCUGGACCCCUACACUGGAGUACUACAGUGGGUACAGUGCCCAGGACCUGCACCCCCUGGUGAAGAGGCUGAAUUUCCUCCUCACAUACCAGCCCCACGACAAGCUGAAUGCUGUGCGCAGCAAGUACUCGCACAGGGUCUUCUUUGAGGUUGCCAAAGUCACCCCCAUGGACAUGCUCAAGCUCGAGGAGGCACUCACUAGCUGCUAGCCCUACUCUGUAAAUAAGCCUGUAAAUAACGGGGCGCCCUCAAGCAGGGUGGUACCAUGUACAUAAAUAAUAGUAAUUUUAACUGAGGAGGGGGGGAAAAAAAGUCAUGUGUAACUGUUAAUAAAAUGUGUUUGUCAUACAUGCUGGCACUGUA